CCGGUGUCAUGGCUCCCUGUCUGUAUCACAGUGCUGCAAGAUCGCUGGGUCCGCAGACCGCUUUCGGGGACUUCUGCCGGCUGCAGACCGCGUGGGAAGGACUCGGGGACACCGGGAAGCCGCGCAGUGGUGAUGGUUUGUUUUAUGGCCCGUACUUUACGGAGCUUGUACAAGCAAACCUCGAUGUGACCAGCAGGAGCAGCACUGUCCCAUCAUCCCGCUGUGGCUCGGCACCGAAUUCCAGGGCAGCCUCACAGGUCCCGUGUGAUGAGUGCCUCUGGAUGGACAGUCAGUGAGGACCGAGCGUGAAGCAGAAAGUGGGAACCUCAGCCCCGUGUGGGCUGUUGAGGAGCAGAGCUGAGCUGGCUCGUGCCGUGAGCCUCCCUCUUCCUCCUGGAAUCCACGUCUGAUGAUGCAGGAGGCGGUGACCUUCGAGGACGUGGCUGUGAGCUUCACCGGGGAGGAGUGGGCUUUGCUGCAUCCUUCCCAGAAGAAGCUCUACAGAGCUGUGAUGCUGGAAACCUUCAGGAACCUGGCUGCCGUAGGAAGGAUUUCGGUUGACCAGCACAUUGAAGAUGAAUAUAGAAAUUACAGGAAAUAUCUAAGAAGUGAAGAGCUCGAGCAGUCCUGGCAGUAUAAAUUAUGGUACCAGCAUGGACAAAUGGUUUGUCAGACUCCGGAUGUCACUGUGCGCAUGACAGUUGUUGACAUAAAGCCAGGCGAAAGCAUCUCCUCUAGAAGGCCCCUGGUGGGUCGUCCAUCAGCAGAGGGGCCCAUCGUGGCUGCCGCUGCACUCAGACCACAUGAGCAUCAGGGAUUUCCAGAGGAGCAGUUUACCUGCAGCGGACGUGGGGAAACCUGCACAAGCCUCCACUCUUCUCUGAAACAUGCAAAGACAAGUCCUGGGGAGAAUCCCUUUGAAUGUGUGCCCUGUGCCAACUCCUGGCCUGGUGGCAUCGAAGUCAGUACCAUGGAAGAGAAGCCGGAGGGCAAAUCAUUCUCGACACCCAGCGAUGCUCAGCCGUGGGAAUGGAGUAACAGUGCACUAAACGUGUACACCUGUGUACCGGUGGGGGAAGGUUUCCAUUCUCACCGUGAUAUUCAGACACAGGGAGCAGCUCACUCUGGAGAAAAAUCUCAUGUACAAAAACACUAUGCAAAAUGUUUAACUAAGAAUUCAUGGGGUAAUCAUGAAAGUCACAUUGGGGAGAAACCCCAGUCAUUCUGGCCAUGUGGAAAAGCUUUUAGCAUAAAUGGCUUUUGGCAAACUGAAGAAAGCACUCCCGCUGCCGUAAAACCUUAUGCAUGUAAGCAGUGUGGCAAAGUUUUCAGACGUAAAGAUAACUGGCAAAUGCAUGAACGGACUCACACCGGGGAGAAGCCCUAUAUAUGUAAACAGUGUGGGAAGGCUUUCAGCAGAAAACAAUAUUGGCAGAUACAUGAACGGACUCACACUGGGGAGAAAUCCUACGUAUGUAAGCAGUGCGGGAAAGGUUUCAGCACACGUGCUGUGUGUAAAGUACAUGAGCGGACUCACACUGGGGAGAAGCCCUACGUAUGCAAGCAGUGUGGGAAGGCUUUCAGCACACACAGUGUGUGUAAAGUACAUGAACAGACUCACACUGGGGAGAAGCCCUAUGUGUGUAACCAUUGUGGGAAAGCUUUCAGCAGAAAACAAAAUUGGCAAAUACAUGAACGGACCCACACGGGGGAGAAACCCUAUGUAUGUAAGCACUGUGGAAAAGCUUUUAUCAGACAAGAUUCUUGUCAAGAACAUGAAAGAAUGCACAGUGGGGAGAAACCAUAUGUAUGCAACCAAUGUGCAAAAGCUUUCAGCAGAAAAGACACUUUUAAAGAACACAAAACAAUGCACAGUGGAGAGAAACCCUACGUGUGUAAGCCCUGUGGGAAAGCUUUCAGAUUACGCAAACAUUAUCAACGACACGUGCAAACUCACACUGCGGAGAAACUCCAUGUAUGUAAGCACUGUGGGAAGGCUUUCAGCACACCUGCCAAUUGUCAAAAACAUGAAAGGAUUCACACCGGGGAGAAACCCUAUGUAUGUAAGCAGUGUGGGAAAGCUUUCAAUAGCAAAGCAGGUUGGCAGACACACGAAAGAGCUCACACUGAUGAGAAACCCUUUGCGUGUAAGCAAUGCGAUCAAUCUUUUAGCAGUAAAUAUUGUUGGAAAAUACAUGAAUGGACUCACACGGGGGGGAAACCCUAUGUAUGUAAGCAAUGUGGGAAAGCUUUCAGCACACGUAGUGUUUUUCAAAGGCAUGAACUGACACACACUGGGGAGAAACCCUACGUCUGUACUCAAUGUGCGAAAACUUUCAGCAGCAGAGAAGGUUGGCAAAUACAUAAACGGACUCACACUGGGGAGAAACCCUAUAUAUGUAAGCAAUGUGGGAAGGCUUUCAGCACACGCAGUACAUGUAAAGUACAUGAAUGGACUCACACUGGAGAGAAGCCAUAUGUAUGUGAGCAAUGUGGAAAAUCUUUUAGCACACGCAGUAAAUGUAAAGUACAUGAAUGGACUCACACGGGGGAGAAACCCUAUGUAUGUAAGCAGUGUGGCAAAUCUUUUAGUACACGUGGUGAUUGUAAAAAGCAUGAACACACGCACACUGGGGAGAAGCCCUUUGUAUGUGAACAGUGUGGGAAAUCUUUCAGCACACGCAGUAACUGCAAAGCACAUGAACGGAUUCACACUGGGGAGAAACCCCAUGUUUGCAAACAGUGUGGGAAAUCUUUCAGCACACGCAGUAACUGUAAGGUGCAUGAACAGACUCAUGCUGGUGACAAAACCCACGUAUGUAGUCAGUGUGGGAAAGCUUUCAGCACACGUGGUGAUUGUCAAAAGCACGAACAGACUCACACUGGGGAGAAGCCCUAUGUAUGUAAGCAAUGUGGGAAAGCUUUCCGAAGGAAAGCAGGUUGGCAAAUACAUGAACGGUCUCACACUGGGGAGAAGCCCUAUAUAUGUAAGCAGUGUGGGAAAGCCUUCAGCACGCGUGAUGUAUGUCAAAAGCAUGAACAGAUUCACACUGGGGAGAAACCCUAUGUGUGUCUUCAAUGUGGGAAAGCUUUCAGCAGAAAAGCAACUUUGCAAAAACAUAAAUGGACUCACACUGGAGAGAAACCCUAUGUGUGUAACCAAUGUGGGAAAGCUUUCACCAGACAAUACCGUCUUCAAGAACAUGAAAGAAUCCACAGUGGAGAGAAACCGUAUGUAUGUAAGCAAUGUGACAAAGCUUUCAGCACAAAUUAUUAUCUUCAAGAGCAUGGAAAAGUCCACAGUGGAGAGAACCCCUGUGUGUUUUAGCAAUGUGGAGAAGCUUUCAGUGCAAGCAGUAGUUGUCCAAGUCAUAAACUGACUCACGCUGGGAAGAAACCUGUAUAUAUACACAAUGUGGGAAAGUUUUCAGAAGAAAAUCAUGAAUAUGAAAGGACUCACAAUGACAAGAAGCCCUUGGUGUGUAAGAAGUGUGAGAAAGAUUUCCAAACAUGGUGUGUAUCAAGAAAAUGAACAGAUUCACACUGGGGAGAAACGCUAAGUAUGUAAGCAGUGUGGGACAUCUUUCAGCACAUGUGAUGUUUGCCAGCAGCAUAGAUGGACUCACUCUGGGAAGAACCUGUGUAUGUAACCACAGAGAGCUGUGAAGACAGUGAAAAAAGCCACAGUAGAGAGAUGUUAUGUAGGUAAUCACUGUGGGAAUUCUUUGAGCACAUGAUGCUCACAGUGGUGAGAAACUCGAGGUAAGCACUGCAGGAAAGCUUUCUAUACAUGUGGUGCUUGUCAAAUGCGUGAGUGGAUCCACACUGGGGAGAAACCCUGUGCGUGUAACCAAUGUGGGAAACCUUUCACAAAAAACAGUUGUGAAGACCGUAAAAGUCCACAGAGAAACCUACCUGUGUAAGCAGUAUGUGGUAGCUUUCAGGAGCAAAGCAGGUUGGGAAAUACAGGACUCUGGAGAAUCCUGUGUGUGUAGAAGUCACGGGGAAGGCUUCCAUCACACAGGCAGAGUGUAAGAUACAUGAAAGAAUUGACACUGGAGAGAAGCCCUGUGUGUGUAAACACUGGAAAAGCUUUCAACAGAGGUGGCACUGAACAAAUUUAUAGAUGGAUUCAUAUGAAGGAGACUGGAUAUAUGUAAGCACUGUGGGAAAGCUUUCAGCUGACUUGUUUGUCAAAGGCAUGAGUGGACUUACAGUGAGAAGCCCUGUGCUUUUAGCCAGUGUGAGAAAGCUUUCAGCAGACAACAUACUUGUCAGAAGCGUGGAAGAACCCACAGUGGAGAGAAAGCCUGUGGAUGUUAGCAAUGCGGUAAAGCUGUCAGAUGACAAGGAAUGAGUCACACUGGGGAGAAAUAAUACGUAUGUAAGCAGCAUGGGACAGGCUUUAGAACACGGAGAUUGUGAAGUUUGUGAAAAGACUCGCCCUCCAAAGGAAAUCCUGUGUCUAAAUACAGGGAGAAGUUUCCCCACACAUUGUGUUUGUGGAAGACAGGGAAGAAAUCACAUUGUGGUGUAACCCUGUAUAAGUAGCCAGUGUGAGAGUGCUUCCAGCUCACAUGGUCUUUGUCAAAGACACGAAGGAACACACACUCUAAAAAUGCUAUUUAUGUAAGCAGAGUGCAAAUGCAUUCGGUACACAGAGGAGUUGUCAAACACAGGAAAUAAAUACCCUUGGGAGUUUUCUUCUAAACAGCAUGAAACCUCUUUCAGUCCACACAGCUAUCAGUAUAUGAAAAAAUUCAUAGUGUAGACACUUAGGAAUGUGAACAAUUAAAAUUCAAGUACAUGAAAGAACUCCUGUGCCAUGGAACAUGAUAUAUAUGUGAACACUUCAAGUGUUCCACUUUCCCUUGAAAAACAUGAAAGCACUCCCACUAAUAAAAAGGAACCUUUUUCAAUAAUGUGCAAAAGCACUGUGUGAUGCUGACGCUACUAGAAACUCAUGAGUAUAAAUGCAGAAUGUUCUAGAAAUUCAUGAGUAUAAAUACAGAAUGUUCUAGAAAUUCAUGAGUAUAAAUACAGAAUGUUCUAGAAACUCAUGAGUAUAAAUGCAGAACAUCUGACUUCAUUUUCUCAUUAUUUUUCUUUAUUUAUUUAUUUGGUACUGGGGAUUGAACUCACAGCCUCGUGCUUGCCAGGCAGGUGCUUACUCCCCUGGCUCUUGUUAGUUUUCAUACAACAUGACAGUGCACAGUGGAGAUAUUCUUAUCAGUGUUUAUUGUAUGGGGACGCUGGUGAUUCUGGUGUAAUUCAUGGGGCAGUACACUGUUAUGACAAACCACUCAUACAUUAUCAGGUGUCUUGCAAGAAUGAAUAUUGUAUCAGAACCCUAUGGAUGUACAAAGGUGCCAGUUAUAACUCAAAUUUUCCAAACGCUUUCAUCAUUUCUCAUACGGUUUUAAAAAAAAAUGAGUCCUAUAACAAGGGAUAUCAAUGAUUUCUUCAGAAGAUAGACAUAAGGAGGAGACAUGCUAAAGUGUAUGUAUUGUAAGCUUGGCCUUAACAUAGAUCUUUGGAUUAAACUAUGUUAAAUUAUCUUGUAAAGACAAAUCUUGUAAGCUAGGCUGGUGAUGCACCCUGUGAUCCCAUCACCCAGGAGGCUGAGGCAGGAGGUCUGCCGUGUGUUUAAGGCCAACCUUGAUUAUGUAGUGAGUUCAAGACCAGUCUGAACUACAUGGUGAGACUCUGUCUCCAGAAAUAACUAAAUGUACCCAGGAGUAGUGGUGCAUGCCCGUCAUCCCAGUACUUGGGUGGCUGAGGCAGGAGGAUUAUUGUGAGUUCCAGGCCAGCCUGGGCUGCAUAGCAAAACCCUAUCGAAAAAAAAUAAAACUAAACCAACAAAGCAAAAAAGACUGAAUGUUGUGCUCUCAUAAUUCUGUAGCUUAAAAGCAGUCGCACAGAAGUUUACUAUUGUCUCUUAAAGUACGUAAUUCUUUUGCACUACAUGAGAUCCAAAGUUAAAGUAAUCGUGUUUCUUGCAUGAGGAUAGACUCAGUAUUUUGAAUGUCAUUUUUGUUUCAUUUUUUUUUUCUUUUCUUGCAUUUAGUAAUUUGGGGUAAAAUGACUCAAAAAUUGAAUUUCCUUUAACAGUUUUUAUUUCUAGCUUGUAUUUGAAACUUUUCUAUACACAGCCCAUUUUUCUAGAAAGAAUUUAACUGGAUGUCCAGUUUUGUAAUUUUGUUACUGGUAAUUUCUGUACAUGUGUUGAAGUGUUUCUCUUUUUGAACAACAUGUAAAUUGGUGAUGUUCUCAAUAUUCUUUUUUUUUUGGUCUUUUUGAGACAGGGUCCCGCUGUGCAGUUCAGGCUGGCCUUGAGCUCACUUUGUAGCCCAGGCUGAUCUUGAACGUGCAACGAUCCUCCUGCCUCAGCCUCCCGAGUGCUGGGAUUACAGAUGUGAUGUUCUCAAUAUUCUAAGGUGAAACCUAUUCAUAUCCCAACAUAAUAUCAGAUUUACAUACUGCACAAUUUUUCAUUUAUUCUCUUCAUCAGAGUGAUUAAUGUCCUGUGUGUACAACAUCAGUUGUUUUUAUCAUUAAAUGUUAUUUAUCAUGCUCGUAUUGUCAGGCUUCAUUUAGGAGGUUAUUGUUCUGUCCACCACCCCAAAAGAAACAUCUAUAUUUUUGUGAGUGUACCACUGCCAGAGACCAGCAGAACCAAGUAUUUUCUCAAAGUAGAUGCAAAGCAUUGUGAUAGUUCACCUCUUCAGCAGCUCUAAAUGUUGGUGUGAUUUGUUAGCAAGAACAUUUUCUUUUUUGUCUUUUUCGUUUUUUUUAUGGGUACCAGGGAUCGAACUCAUGACUGCCUGCUUGCAAGGCAGGCGCUUAUGCCACUGAGCUAAAUCCCCAGCCCCAGCAAGAACAUUUUCAAGAAUUUUUUAAUUUUUUUUUUUUUUUGUACUGGGGAUCGAACUCACGACUUUGCACUUCAGGGCAGGUGCUGAUGCCACUGAGCUAAAUCCCCAGCCCUUGAUAAUUUGUUUUGUUGUGUUUCUGUUGGGUUUGUUUCUUUAUGAUGAAAUAGUCUUUUUUUAAAAAAAAAAUUCUGUGAAUAUCAUUUGUGCUUUGGAGAAUGAUCUUUUUGUUCGAUUAGGAAGCAAAAGUCAGUUACUAAAAUAGAAAUUCAGUAA